CUGGAGGAGGGAGGAGGGAGGAGGGUCUCCGUUCUCAGGCGACUGGCUGCCGUUUAAAGGGGGGGUCUUCCCUCAGUGACACUGAGCGUUGCUGGCUGUCCUGCUGGUGUUCUGGUCGGUGCUGGAAGCUCGUGUUUGCUGUGGCAGGACCCGUUUAUCACAUCUAGCCAUGAAAGGCAAGAAUUUCAAAUAUGACCUGGAAUUCCUUUUACAAGGCGUGUCUAAAUUUGACAUCCGGGGUGAGUCUGUACCGUCUGAGGUAAUGGUGCAUGGAUCUUCAGCUUUUCCUAUUGGACUCACUCCGGAUGGAAAGGCAUUCUUUGCUGGUGCUGAUUUUGGACAGGGACGAGUAAUUGUGUCCAGCCAUGAAGCCUACCUAGGUCUUGAAUCACUGUCCACUUUCAUGAUCAAUGCUGUCCUUUGGCUCGAUAAAAGGCGUAAUGGGGUUAUUGGAGUCCUACCCGAACUAAAUGAUGAUGUCUGUCGUCUGCUGAGCAAGUCUGGACUACAGUGUCAAUUAACUGGCUUUAAAAACAGCCUAAGUGUCUUUGUCUGCACCUCCUACAAUGAUGCUCAGUCUAAAGAGAUCCAGGAAUUUGUUGCUGGUGGUGGUGGUCUCCUGAUUGGGGGACAUGCUUGGUGGUGGGCUCAUUGCAAUCCUGGCCGCAAUGUGAUGAGAGAUUGCCCUGGAAAUCGGAUCCUCAGCAAGAUGGGGUUGUGCCUCUUGGAGAAAACUGUGAAAGCUGGGGUGUACAAGGUGGCAAAGGUGAAGCAUCAUGGUAUGGCAUCUACACAGAUAUAUCAUUUCCAGGAUUUACUUCAACAUUUUGCCGGGCAUGUGCUUCAGAGUCAGCAGCUGGGAGAUUACGAACAGCAAUUUCUGAAGAAGUUUGGCAAUGACUGCGUCAGAUAUCUCCGCAUGCAGGCAUUUGACUGUGACACGUAUAAGUCAGUUGUUGUACUUCUCACAGAAAUAGUUAAGGCACAGUUUCCAGAGGUGUCUCCUACGCAUCCUGUUAAAAGUGCAAAGGAUCACCUUCUACUACAAGUGGGGACAGAGUUAUUCAGGCUCUGCAAAGACACUGAUGAGCCACUGUCAUACCUCAUCAUAGACACACCUAGACUAUCAACUGUGAACAAUGCAAGAGUCAGGAUCAGUGCUAACACAGCAGAUAAUGAAGAAUGGAUAAGCACAGGUCUGUAUCUUUCUCCUGGAAUGAAGACUAACAUGACAGUGCCUGGGAAAAUAAUAGGAAAGGGCUGGCAGGUGCAGAUCGGCUGUCAAACAGACGACUUAAGCAGGGCAGAUGAACUGAAACGAGCUCCGGUGGUGUUUAUACGUUUCCCUUUGGAAAAAGAGACUCUGCAAGUCUGGAAUCUGUGGGGAGGACUCAUAUACCUGAUCGCACCUCCUAGAAGUACAGUAUCUGAGAUGGAGGUUGUCGUACAGACGGCUGUAAAAGCACCGUACUACAAGUCUGGAGAGACCAGCGUAUCUGACUGGGUCACUGAGAUCCGUAAAGCACCAGCACCUUGGGCAGAGCUAGAGUUUGAGAAUCUCAUCAUCACCUUGCCAUCAGACCUGAUACGACACCUGGACCGUCCAGACGAAGUGGCCGCUCUCUGGGAUUCCAUUAUGAGGAGUGUAGCUGACUUGGCAGCUAAGCCUGCAAAGUUUACCCGCAAGGAGCGCUUUGUCGCUGAUGUUCAAAUCUCAGCUGGCUUUAUGCAUUCAGGUUACCCCAUUAUGAUGCAUUCUACGUCUGCCCCUGACUUGGUGAAUCCAUACGCUGCUGGUAAAAGUGAUUUUUGGGGCCCGGUCCAUGAAUUGGGCCACAACCAGCAACGCUCAGUCUGGGAGUUCCCACCACACACUACUGAGUGUACCUGUAACCUGUGGUCUGUAUAUGUACACGAGGUGGUGCUGGGUGUGAACAGGGCAAACGCUCAUGAGGAAAUGACAGCAGACAAGCGGCAGAGCCGAAUUAAGAGAUACGUCGAGAGAGGUCGACAUCUGAAGGACUGGAAUGUCUGGACAGCACUGGAGACUUACAUGCAGCUGCAAGAACAGUUCGGCUGGGAUGCCUUCAAGAAAGUCUUUGCGGCUUACCAUGACGAGAAGAACACUGCAAAAGACAAAGAUGACAAGAUGAACCUGUACGCUGAGACCUUCUCCAAGGUGGUAAGGAGGAAUCUGGUCGACUUCUUCAAAGCCUGGGGCUGGCCCAUCCACAGCAGCACAGAAGAGAAGCUGUCCAGCCUGCCUGAAUGGAGUGACCAUCCUCUGAUCCAGUAUAAGUAGCUAAAACAACCAUGUUUCAUAGAGAAUAGUGUCUGUCUCAGAAUAUACACAUUUCAGGGUUCAGAGACCCUCAAAUCAUUUCAUAUUUGCAGCUCAAACUUACUUUCUCUAAACUGCUUUCACUUAUAUAUGUUUAUGAAUGGCAUUCGCUUUUGGCAAAAUCAAGAACUCUCAGGUUUGUUUGACCUCGAUGAAGAAUUUUAUAAUGAAAGCAGGAGAAACCGCUUCAUCUCUAACGUCUGAAUAAUGUCCCAUUACACGUACACAUGGCGUUCCAUUCGAAAGCAUAGAAUCCCGCUUCUGACAUUCAUUGUACUUACAGAUCAGCUCCAGCGACUAUGAAUAUGAUAUUUAUAUGCUGUCAUGACCUACACACUGUCCCACUGCUGAAAACCAAACAAAACCAUUAAAUGGUUCUAUUGGUUCCUAAUAGAUUGGUAAAGUGUUAGCUAUUGUUGCUUGGUUUCAAAGUAUCCUAAUGUCUUAGUACAAGAUCUGUGAUUGAUUCUAGAUGCAUUUGAUGGUUUUCUAAUUGGAUCCAAAGCAGUUUUACAGAAAUCUAGUGCUCUCUAAUGGUAACCACUGAGCCGAGAAGCAGUGUCAUCAGGUUUUAUUCCUAAAGGUUCCAGUAGUCUUUGUUCAGCAGGGCCUUUUCCCUACAGGGUUAUGGGUCAUCUGAGAAAUUACAGCAGGGCUUUCCUUGUAAACUCAGACUGAACAUGAGGAAUUGAAAAGAUUGAAAUAGCACACUGUCUGAUAUAGUCGUCCUUUCUUCAACAUGUUCAUUUACUGUAGUAGAAUCAUCAUCUACCACCACCAAAAAGAAUCGGUUUAACGCUAAAAGCCAUAAGGUGUAUCAGAGUCACAUUUACUUACAGAAUAUAUUUUAAAUGAUUCAUUUUUUCUUCCUUUUUUUUUUUACUAUUAUGCAUUUUAAUCAUUUUGCUUGCAGCACCGUGCCUUAUAACAUGCUCAGUAUGAGCAAAUAUAUAAAAAUUUGCAAAUUUGGUUUGGAUUACUGGUUAAUUGCAUUCUUGUAGUUCAAACUGCGCAGAGAUAAGAUAGAAAUAACGAAAAAUAAAAGCAACAGCAAACACCUGUUUCAUUUUUGUGUAGUGUCUUUGCAUAUUGAGCCUUAACACCAUGCACUUAAACUGAUUAGACCAUAAAUCAUGUACAUGACCGCAGUCCUUAUAUUUUUAUCCAAGAUCAACCACAAGCUGUGUAGUCUUACCACCUUAUAAAAAGAGCCAUACCACAUUUUAAUGAAUUUCUGUCUUGCAUUGUAGUGACUUACAUGUUUGUAUGAACUUUCUACAUGACGAGAUUGUUCAGAAGAUCAUCUUGUGCCGUCAUAUCACUGGCAUUGAUUGUACCAACCCAAAUAAAAAGAUUUGGACAGUAUGGGAAAUGCUAAUAAAAACACAAAGCAGCUGUUAGUAAAUUCUGUUUGAAAUGUAUAAACCUGAAAAUCAUUUUAUGUUUUACUUCACAAACAUUGUAAAUAUGUGCUUAAUUCGAAUUUGAUGCCUGCAAUAAAAAAAGUUGGGAGCAUGA